CACUUCCACUGGCAUGAGGAAAUAAAGUCCCUCAGGAUAACAGACGAUGUUGCUGACGGGCUCUCGUCUGUCCAGAGUGCUGCAGCUCACCCUGGCGGUGAUCAAGCCCGACGCUGCUGCCCACCCGCUCAUAUUACAGACUCUUCACCAGAGAAUUCUGGACAACAACUUCAUCAUUGUCAGAUGCAAAGACCUCGUUUUUAGACGGCAAGACUCUGAGAGCUUUUAUGCCGAACAUUCAGAGCGAUUCUUCUAUCAAAGACUAGUUGAAUUCAUGUCAAGUGGUCCGAUGCGAGCCUACAUUUUAGCCAGGGAGGAUGCGAUACGACACUGGAGGGAACUGAUGGGACCAACCAAAGUGUUCAGAGCCAGAUACACGUCACCUGAUUCCCUUAGAGCCCAGUUCGGGCUCACAGACACAAGAAACACGACUCACGGCUCAGAUUCUCUAGAGUCAGCUCAAAGAGAGAUACGUUUCUUCUUCCCUGAUUUUAAAGCAGAGGAGUGGAUGAAGAAGGAGGAGCCCUUGUUCAGAUCAGGAAACAUGCGCUACGACCAUCAGCACCAGAUCCACACAUUUUCACCGUAGAGCAGCUCCCAGAUGUGUCCAAAUCUUCAGGUCCACGAGAGUUUAAAGACUGUUGAGCUGGCAGAGAAAGUGUUUGUGUUCUGAAAACUGAUCUUCCUUGAGCGGAUCACGUGAAGUCAUUUAAAGCAACGCCAUAAAAUGUUAGUUUAUUUAAUAAAAACACAAACGCACACAACGCCGGAUAAGCUGUGAAUAUUGUUUUGUGCAAAUCAACAUGAUGACGUAAUCCUCCUCAGUUGCCUUCCCUUUCCUGAGCGUUGCUGUGUUUUAAUGGCAAACAACAAAACUGACAUAAACACACUGUUAUAUUCAGUAAAGCCUGUUGUGAAAUAGUUACUCUAAUAACUAUGAAGUAUCAUAGCUUGUAUUUUUCUGACCAAAUCGAUGUUUUCCACGUCACCCUCUCAUACCACACAGUGUAAAAUACAACAUGUUCUGAAUUGAAACUUCUUCUCCACCCACAA